AGAGACUCUUGCUAGGUUUCGGCACAACCGCCGGGUCCGCCGCACAACAGCCCAAGCCCGCCGCUCGCGUCCUCCUCCGCCCCCUUCCGGCGGCUGCCGUUCCCGUCCGACUCGCCGGAGCGGGCCCGCCGCCGGAGCCGGGAUGGCGAAGGGCGACGACGCGCUGGCGCGGAAGCGCAACCGGGUGCGCCGCAAGCGCCUGCGCGGCAGCGAGAACGCCGUCUCCGCGCGGGUCGCGGCGAUCAUCGCCUCCAAGCGCCGCCGCAAGUCCGGCAAGCGCCGCGGCUGCGAGGGCAUGUGCUUCUCGCUCCCCACGCCCGAAGAUCCCUUCAACGAGCGACAUGGCAAGAAGAGCAAGGUGGACGAGCCGGCGGACGGCGCAGAAGACGCCGCCGCCGUGGUCAAGGACGGCAACCCCAGGAAGAAGGACGCGAACACUAAAAAGCAGCCGCCGGCAGCCAAGGCCAUGUCGAAGGGCAUGCGCGAGCGAGCGACGGAAGCGGAAGAGGGCGGCGUGGACUUCGACCGGCCGUCCAAGUUCCUGGUGGUCUGCCUCAACGCCAUCCGGGAUGCGGCGGCACCCGAGGACGGCGGCGGCGGCGGCGGCAGCAUCCAUGGCGCCGGCGACUGGGGCGUGGAGCUCUGGAGGUGCUGCUCCGACCCGGCGCCGUCCGACGUGCUCGACACCAGCGACGCGAGCGCCACGCCGGAGCAGACGGCGUGGCUCGUCUCCACCGCCUGCGACAUCGUCGCCAGGAAGGAGAGGCUUGGGAUGGUCGUCUCCUGCCCCUUCCUGCUGUACAUCGUCCCGUCCCAGGAAAAGGCCGCGCAAGUGCGAUCAAUAUGUAGACCCCUGAAGUCUCUUGGGAUUCAUUCGGUGAGCUUGCAUCCUGGUGCUUCCAUUGAACACCAGAUCGCUGGACUAAAAAGUUGCGAGCCAGAGUUUCUUAUAGCUACCCCUGAGAGGCUCCUUGAGCUUGUUUCGUUAAAGGCGAUUGACAUAUCAUGCGUAUCAAUGCUGGUCAUUGACGGACUGAGAUGUUUCAUGGACCUCAAUAUCACUGACAAAAUCUAUUCCAUUAGAGAUGCCAUAUCAAGCAGUCCUCAGAUAACUAUCUUCACCGAUUCAUCUGAUAAAAAUGUCGCAACAAUGGCAAGAAAUCUGCUUCAUGGAAGAAUUACAAAGCUCUCUGUAAAUGAUUCUGUUUCUUCCAGAAGUGCUUUCAUAACUCAGCAUGUACACUUAUGCCCAUUGGAAAAGCAGAAAACAUCGAAGGUUAAGGAAAUUCUUGAGCAGAUUUUGAAAAGUCAUGCUAAAAAGAUAUCAAAAGUUCUGCUAGUAGCUGAAAAUGAUAAAAAAGUGCAGAAUCUGUCAUCAUCACUUAAACUGGAUAAUUGCACAGUGACUAAUGACACUCAUGGCAACUCUUUUACCAUAUGCAGCAGUGUGGGGCUGAUGAAUGUCCUUGUUAAAGAUCGGGAGACCCUUGCAAUGACGGAUAUUGGAGAAUUUGAGAUUGUUUUGAUUGUGGAUUUGCCUCCUUCUGUUGACGAAUACAGUGAGAUCCUCACUGAUGUUGCUCGUCAUGUGAUUGGAGGUGAGCUGCAUAGUAUCUUCUGCAACACUGAUGCCCCUCUCGUGAAACCUUUGGCCGAGGUUCUUGCAAAAUGUGGCCAGGUUAUCCCUGAAUUUUUCAAAAACUUGGAACCCUCAUAGCAGGAUUGGUAACCAUUCAGAGCAGUCAGAUUCAGUCAUGUGGAUUGAAUUAGUCGCAGCUAUUAGUCGCGGAAGGCAGUUCUGGUUGCCAAGCAAUUUUGAUGUUGCUGUAUUCAUUGCACAUCUAGUUUUCAUUUGUCAGCACAGCAAUGACAUUCAGGCCUCGGCCUUGAUGAUUGUACACUACUAUAGCUCUUCUGAAAUGUGAUGCCUAUAAUCUGGAAGAACUGUGCUGAGUUGCAGGUUCAUAACCGUGGCAUGGAUCCUUAGCCGCAUUCAUUAUCCAUGUCACUUCCCUGUCAGCCACCAGUUCUGAUGCUUUCGUGUUA